AUGAGCGCGAGUGAGCGUCACGAGGCGGCUGUUCGGCUCGCCCAUCACCAUGGGCUCCCUCCCCUUUCCCCCCCUCAGGCCGUCAAUGGGCGCACUAUGCUGAGCCGAGUGAGCGUGGCGGCCCAUCCCGGGCAGCUGCUCGCACUGGCUGGGCCCUCGGGCAGCGGAAAAACGUCUCUGGUGGACGCCAUUGGCUGCCGCAUCCACCCCGGCAUUCUGUCGGGCUGCAUCCUGGUGAAUGGCCGUCCCAUGCCGCCCAGCUUCUGCAAACACUCCGCCCAGCCCCGCCCGCCUGCUCCCCCGACUGCUCCCCCGCCUGCUCCCCCGCCUGCUCCCCCGCCUGCUCUCCCGCCUGCGCACGGGGCAGGGGGCGAUGGGCGUGAUGAUGGGGUGGCUGCAGAGCCGCUUCGCUAUGCUCCCUUCGACAACUCCCUUCGACAGCUUUCUACUACAGCUCCCUUCACGCCCUGCCGCUCUUCUACCUCGUGA